CGACCAUAAGCAGGUUGCUGGAGGACCUUUUCACGUUUGACAGCGUUUUUACAUGUAACAGCAGUGUUACAUAACAGUCAGUCAUUCACAUAUUUGUAUGUAUUUUUGAUUAUGGGUAUGCGUUAUUUUCCAGUCAGAUGAAUAUAAAUAUUGAUACGGAUUUGUAUUAUUUCUGCUUGGUAGAGCUGGCACAGUUAGUUCUGUCAUGUCUGCCCAGUACACCACAAUAUCGUCACGGAGAUCAGUUCAUGAAGACCAAGAUGAGUUCUACAGUUACCGUAGCGACAGCGUAACCUAUGAGAAACAUUCAAUGUCAGAGGUCAAGAUGAAGAGCCAAUCAGACGCUCCGAAGAUGAGUCAGUACCGCACUUUGUCUCUGUUUGGAAGAACCAUUAACUUUGUUGUGUUGGUCACACACAUACUGAUUUUCCUUUACGCCACAUGUUUUUGGAUACAGACUGGUGCCUUGCCUUACCUAACCAAGAAGCUCGGUGUUGACCCUGUGGUUUAUGGGUACCUCCAGACCACAUUCGCCAUCGUCCAAUUGGCAGGUGGCCCGCUGUUUGGUCGCUUCGGCGACCUGUUUGGCGGCCGGGCAGCCAUGUCUCUAGCGUUCGUGUCAGCAGCUCUCAGUUACGGGUUGGUUAGCAUGGCAUACUCCGUCCCCGUUCUGUUCCUCUCACGACUGCCGUCUGUGUUUCUGCACGCGAUGCAAGGUGGUUUGAUGAUAGUCACAGAUGUUGUUGACUCCAAAGAUCGAGCUUCAGCUAUCGGGAAACUUUCAAUAUCGUACGGGCUGGGGAUGGUGAUCGGACCUCUGAUUGGAGGACUCACAACUAAACAUGUCAACGAGCAGUUUUCAGCUUCCUUGGCUUGUGGCGGCUCACUGCUCUGUGUUCUUAUCGUAUUCUUGUUUAUUCCAAAACAAACAAAACGAGAGUCUGUUCUGCAGAAACAAGAUGAAAGAUCUGGAGCCUCAGUGUUCAGUGUCUCCAAAUUGUUGACAUUACUCUCCAAUCCAAAAGCUUUCUUUUUGCUGUCUGUGAAAAUGGGAACAGGAAUUCCCAUUGGCAUCUUCCAGAGCAUGUUUGCUGUGGUUGCCAUGGAAACGUUCAAGUUACCCGCGGAUCAAAAUGGCUACAUUAUGGCUUAUAUUGGCAUACUGGGAAUGAUAGUGCAGGGGUUUGGUACAAGCUUAAUGGUGAGUCGUUUUGGGGAGAACUCCAUUCUGAAACUGUCCACUUGCAUAUUAGCUGCAGCCUACCUCUUUCUGGCAUUCGUGACUAACAUCCCCAUGUUACUGGUAGCCGUAUUCCCGCUUGUGAUCGGACUCAGUUUGAAGAAUGUUGUGAUUACGAGUGCUCUCACACACACCGUGUCAGAUGCUGAUACAGGAGCUAUGCUAGGUUUGAACAUGGCUACCAAUUCACUGAUUCGCUCCGUCUCGCCGACCGUAGGAGGUCUCAUGCUCAAGAACUACGGCUUUCCUUCCUUCGGCACUCUGGGCUUUGUCAUGAGCUCCACAGUAGCUGUGAUAUUAUUUUUCAAACUGAAAAAUUAGGUAUUCUAUUAAAUACUAUGU